AUGGAAAACAAAGUGUUGGAGUCAUUGGAGUCAACAUAUCGUGUAAUUCUCGACAAAAUCUCAAUCGACACGUCAAACAAGGGUUUACUGGACGUGAGGGACAGACUCGAGAAGAUCGUCAAUUAUAAUGUCGGACACGGGAAGGGUAUCCGAGCCCUGUUUGUGAUGAAGACAUACAUACUGUUAGCCAAACACAAGGGCAUUGAGACCACCAAAGAGGACAUAGAAUUGGCACAAAUUCUUGGGGCAAUCCAGCACCAGACGGGGUCGACCAUGCUGGAUGAUGUAGGCCUCCAUGCGCUAAACGAUGGCGAGAUCCUGAAGAAUGAGUGCUUCCAUACAUUAAAGCUAUUCUUCGGACACAAGAAGUCGUAUCCGAAUAUUAUGGAGACAUUCCAUGAGAUGAUGAGGUAUACCACGUAUGGACAGCAUAUGGAUAUGGCCUCCAAUCCCAACAACACUGGCCCACGAUUUGACUUAUUCACGAAAAGCCGAUACGAGACAAUCGUUAGGUAUAAGACCUCUUACUAUACGUUUGUACUGCCCGUCCGAUUAGCCAUGUAUUUGUUCGGAAUGAAGUCCAAGUCGUCGCACCGGGAGGCAGAGGAACUCCUAAUAAAAAUCGGAUACUUGUUUCAAAUGCAGGAUGACUUUAUAGACUGUUUCGGUGACCCCAUAGUGACCGGCAAACAGGGUUCAGACAUCGUGGACGGCAAGUGCUGUUGGCCUGUCGUGCGGGCACUGGAACUGUGCGAUGAGAGCCAACGGCGCCAUUUGGUGGCCAACUAUGGCAUCAAAUGCGAGCAAAACGUGAAUAAAUGCAAAGAAAUCUAUCGACAACUGAAUCUUAAGGACCUAUACCUCAAAGAGGAGCUCACUAUCUAUGAGGAGAUCUGCGGUGAUCUCCAGAACCUCAAGAAUGCCAACGAAAUAAGAGUCAUUGACCUGUAA